UCGCCAGUAUGUCGAUGGAACUGGCUACAAUAAGUUGUGUGUGAGACAAUUACAUAUUCCAUUCGUGUGUAGUCAGAUGUGUUAAGUGCAGUAUAAUGUCAGCGUUAUUAAAAAAUGUCACCAACUGUAUAUGGCAUGCUUUUGACUCAUUGCAAGUAAAUGAUGUCGUGCAUAAAUCAAAGUUAAAGGUGCUGACAGCAAACAUCGGAACACUUCUAGACCUGUACGGCGUGGAGAAAGGCCUGGAUCAUUUCCGUUCAUCCCAGGAGUUGACCUUCGACGAGUUCAGAUACUAUUUACAGCAUGAAGUAUUCUGCGCGCUGCCUAAAACUCUUACAUUGCCUGUAGCGAGAGAAUUUGAGAAAAAAAUCAGUGAGGUUUGCUGGUUCGUGUGCCGUAAGAAUCUGCUGACCAGAGAUAAGCCGGUAUUUAAAGAUGAGUCGGUUUUCAAGCUGUUCAGGAUAUUCUGUUUACUUGCAGAUCUUGUACAGGAUGCAGAUGAAACGAACCGUUAUAUUGUUGUUCUUCAGCCAUCAGAAGCCGGCAUAGUUGCUGAGCAGCUAGUCCUCUGCCUGGGUUUGCGCUGGGACGCCGCAGACUGGGAAGCUCUCGGCUCGUCUAUUGGUCACUUUAGAUGGUCUGCUUUCCUUGCAGUGUUGGAGGCGAAGUACUGCUGCGAUCCGCAAAUACACAACGCAGCACUCGUGGAAGCUGUUGAUGAGAUUUACGAUGUUUUUAUCGAAGAUAUCAUAAAGAAGGGUUACCUCUUCAAACGCGGCUACCUCUUGCCGACCAUGCGAGAGUAUUGGUGUGUUCUUCAGCCCUGCGCCCUUACGUACUACAAGAGCUCUUCCCAGAAGGAACAAUGCGGACGUAUCACAAUCGACGAGUAUUGCUCCGUGGAAGCUGCGGUUGGUGAUGGCAAGAUGCGGAAGUUCCAACUUAUUACCCCUGAGAGAACAUUUGAGUUUGGGACGCAGGAUCACAAGAGUCGCCUCCAAUGGGUAUCUGCAUUACGGCAAGCGGCGGCAGUAUCUGGUGGUGCCGAGGGUUAUCAGAGGAGAGCCCGAGCUGGCAGACGAGGUGCGGGUGCUAGGAGGGAGCAGGAAGUUCGGGAAACCAGGGCGAGGCUACAGAACGAAGUUCGCGCCAGAUUGGCAGCUGAAGCACAAGCACAGGAGCUUGCAGAACUCGCACAGAAAGACAACAAAAAGCUAGAAGAACUGAAACACGCUCAAGCAGAGCUGGAGAAACUGCUUCAUGAAGAGACUCAGGCAAAGCGUGACGAAGAGAUUGUGAGAGCGUUACAAGCGAGAGUUCUAGCAGAAGAAUGGGAAAGGCGUGAAGAACUGGAGAGGCUACAAGAAGAGCAAAACAGAAUGUUAGAAGAAGAAAGAUUUAAAAGGAUGCAGUUUGAAAUGCUUCAAGCGGAGAAAGAAGCCCAAUAUCGAGAAGCAGAACGUCGCCUAAAAGAGCUGGAGCAAGAGAAACAAAAGUUAGAUGCAGAGUUGAAAGCAGCACAAGAGAAGAUAUAUACGACAGAACAUACUGCGCAAGCACUACACGUCCAGUUGAGGGAUUUGAAUCCUGUUCUUCGCAACGGAGAGCGGGCAAGGCGUGCAAUAUCUUUCGUGCCAACAACGAAGAGCUCUUCUGACACUCUCAUCGACGUGAAAGUUUUAAGGCACUUGAAAGUCAUAGAUGACAAUGAUAACAUGUGAAUUAAUUGCUUGAUCCACGAGCAUUUCGCGUCAGUAGUAGGAAAGUAUUAUAUAAAUGGGUUCCGACCAGACAACGAUCAACUGCACUCACAAUAGCGGCUCUGAGGUCUAUAUUAUGUGAAAGUAAAGAAAGUGUAAGAAUAUGUCAGCAAUGUGAAAGUUUAAAAAGUUUAUUUGUGAUCAGGGUCAGGGAAAACCCUUGGAUACAUUGUCUUAUUUGUGUUUGUAUUGUUGAUCUACGUACCCACAUAAUGGAACGAAAAUACGCUUUAGGGUUUUCCCAGAUUCAAAAGAGCGAUGAUUACGAACGAAAGACAGAAAAUGGUCUCACUUCUCUUUUAAUUCCUCGGCUACAUACUCUUCCUUCUUCUGGACCCGUGGACCUGGCAAUAUUUCAUAAGAGUUACAUCCGAAUUCGGUCUAUAAAUUUUUGCAUAAUAUUUUAACCGUCUUCAAAUACAGGAGAAGGGUAUCAAAGCUGUGUUCAUUUUUUUACGUUUGAUACCUCAGACUUCUGUCAUUUGUGGACAUAUUACUUCUGUCAUUUAAAAGAGUUUCCUUCCAGAUUGUCAAGACGUCUUUUACCGUGUUUUAAGCUGUUUUUGUAAAAGUAUAUAAAAACAAAAUUUAUUUAAUGCUAACAAUUUCGAUAUUCCCUUAAUACAAUAUCUUUUUACAUAGAAUAAGUGACAAAGUUUUGGAAACAUUAUAGCGCCGUGAGCACUGAAACCGAGAAACCGGCUCAAGAAACUCUUUCAGAAAAUAUUCUUGCACUCACUUUGUUCAGCUUCUUCAAGAGCUAUACAUGAAGUUUACGAACAAAAAUGAAAUGUAAUAUAAUUUUGAGAACUUACGAGCUCUUUUUAUGGUAAAAUUAAUUCACGCAAAGCGCAGAUUAAGGCUGGAUUAUCUGCCACAUACAGCUACAAGGACGACAUUAAAUACACACUUGAAGAGUAACCUAACUAAUAUAAAAAAAUAUAUAUAAAAUAAAAAUAUUUUUCAAGAAAUUUUAAUCACCCUUACGUGAAGUUAGGUGGUCGCAUAAGUAUUCACAAAUCGGGUGUCAGUGCCUACGCUAGCGCUCGACUGUUAUGGAAUAUUUAUUUAGUUGAAUUAGGUAUUUUUAUUUUUGAAUUUAUUGUGAUAUGAUUACGGUUAAGUAGCUCUAUCCGUGUCUUUAUUUAAUGCCGUUUUUAUAUGAUGCUGUAUAAAAAACUUCGGUUUAGAGCAAUGGAACGAAAUCAAGAGAGUGUGCGUAGGUAAGCGAGCGAUAAAAAUGGAAUCGGUUCCGUUAGCUUCCGUUCACCGUUGUUCUUUGUAUGUGGACACGACCUAAGAUGGAUUAAUAGGAUCGAUGAAAUAUAAAAUAAUGAUGGCUUCUUUAUUAUAUUAGUGUCAAGGCAGAAUUAUGUAAAAAUAUUUAACCAAUUAAGUGCUAAGUAUGUAAAAUAAAUUAUUUCAUGUACUUAAUUUGUAUUUUUAAAAUGGCUUUCCAUCAAGAUUAUCUUAUGUUAUUGUUAAGUGCCAUAAUACUGUAGCUAAUCUUUUACACCCUAACGGCCAUAUUCAUAAUAAAACGCUUGCCGAAGCUAUUCUACAGUAUACCUAAUUUUUUUAGGUUUAUAAACCUACUUAUAUAAAUUAAAUCGAUUUUUUGUAUGUGUUUAAUUGUUUCUUCAUAAUCGUUUGUUAAGCCUUCGAUAGUAGAUAUGCAAUAGUAAGUAUACAAUGUUACCAAAAAUCUGAUUAUAGUCUAUUGGUUUUGUCUAUGACAAAUCAUAUUGUCAAAAAGUUGUCAAACAGUCAAUGACAAAAUUUACGCGGGAAACUUCAAUUAUUGUAAUGCUAGGGCACAUGACAUGACAUCAAAAAUAAUUCUAGAGGAAUAAAUUUUGAGAAAAUAAAAGUAAAUAUAAAAAAAAA